AUGUCGGCCCGCCAGCCAAGAUUCAACCAGCACACGCUGAUCGACACCACACCUCUACCCGACGACAUUCCCAAGGUCCAAGAAGUCGGUGCCAGUUCCGCUCCUCUGCUCUCGGCCUCGUUCUUCAUCGGCGCAAGAUGCAAGACUUACAAUGACGACUACAUGAUGUGCAAGGCCGACGCCAACGGAAAGGGAGAGCUUGACUGCUUGAAGGAGGGCCGCAAGGUUACCAGAUGCGCUUCCAGCGUGUAUCACUGCCUCGAAGAGUUCAGAAAACACUGGUCAUGCCUGGACAACAACAACCAACAGCUGUGGCAGUGCAGAAGAUACGAGAGACCUCUCAACAAGUGUGUCUUUGACAACCUGGUGCGUUACCCUGAUUCCGCGAGACUAUGUUGUGCUUUUUCUGACCGCAAUAUCUGUACANNGAAGCUGGAGAAGACCAUUCCCGGAACCCCGGCAAACGAGCUCCCCGUCCACGAGCGCAAGAGACAAACAUACGCUCACCACAAGACUCUGACUUGA